UGCUUUAUUUGUUGAAUUAAGUGUCUCCGACCUGAACGCAAGAGAUUCUGCAAAUGCUGGAAAUCCAGAGCAACACAUUCAGAAGUCAGCAGGCCGGGCAGCAUCUAUGGAAAGGACUGACCGCAGGAUGCUAUCUGACCUAUUGAGUAUUCUCAACAUUUUCUAUUUUUUUUUGCUGUAUAGCGAACAGAAUGCCCCGCCCGGCUACCAAUGCCCUGGCUGAUACUUUUGGAAAAGAGUUUGCAAACAUUCCGCAUAAACAGCUUGGAGUGUUUUGUCCUAGUCAGGAUACUGUAGUGACUGCCAUUUCCCCGCCUUCUGCCCAAUCUCAAUGACGUCAGCGACCAGAAUGUUUACAUUGUAGCCGAGGCUGUCCGCGUUCUAUAUUUGGGUAAAUGGUUACAUUGCUUCCUCGAGGUGCUGUUAGUAUCAGUCCACGGCAACUGCAACCCGGUUAAUAGCGGCGAUCUGGCUCAUCGGUGCGAGGAUGAACUGUAGAUCCCAGACCCUGGAGCUGACGGUAGAAGCCAGACAGAUCGAGGAAACGGUGCUGGCGGUCCUCCACACCGUGCUUCUGCACAGGAGCUCGGGGAAAUUUCAUUACAAGAAGGAGGGCACCUACUCGAUCGGCACCGUGGGCACCGAAGAUGUCGACUGCGACUUCGUCGACUGCACCUACGUGAGGGUGUCUUCGGACGAGCUGGACCGCACAUUGCGCAGAUCAGUAGGCGAGUUUAAGGAUGCUCUUCGUAACUCUGGCAGUGAUGGGAGCGGUCAGAUUUCCCUGGAGUUCUACCAGAAGAAGAAGUCACGCUGGCCGUUCUCUGAUGAGUGUAUCCCAUGGGAGAUGUGGACCUUCAAACUCAAUGUGGUGAACUUGGCUAAUGAGCAGGAGAGGCAAAUCUGCAGGGAGAAGGUGGGCGAGAAACUGGGCGAGAAGAUCAUCAACAUUAUAGAGGUGAUGAACAGACACGAGUACCUGCCCAAAAUGCCCACACAGUCGGAGGUGGACAAUGUCUUUGAUACAAGUUUAAGAGACGUUCAACCCUAUCUGUACAAAAUUACCUACCAGAUCACUGAUUCUCUUGGAACAUCUGUUAGUACCACCAUGAGGAGAUUGAUCAAGGACACCCUGGCUUUAUAACCUAGCAAAUAAUUAUCAGGAAACAUUCUGUUGCACUUUUUAAUUUACUUCCCUUAGCAGUUUGCUUCUGGUGUUUUAUUUCCUUCAGACAACUUUUAAGUGUCUGUCCAUUUUAAAAUCUCAUGGAAUGAGCUGUGCAAUAUCUUUCAAAUUUUUAUAUUGUUUGUGUUGCCCAGCAGAAAGGUGAUAAAUAUAUUUAUUUUGUUACAUGCUCAAAGAUGGUCAGAAAACUGUAUUAAGUUGCUGGAAAAGGCUCCAGAAAGGAGAAGCAUUGACUUACUAACUGGUGAGAAUUUCCUCUCAGAUCCUUGGAAAGCAUCUUACGUAUAUAGACAAUGAAAUGGCCAGUGACAUAAGUAGUGUCAUUCAGAGAAGAAAGCUUAUCUGGUAUUGAUUCUAUAGGUAACUAUUAAAAGAUGGUUGCUAGCAUCUAUGAAAUAGUGCCCUAGCAUUAGUUCCCUUUUAUGGAGAAAAUGGAAGGGGUGACAGAGAGUGGUAAAGAGAAGCUAAAAGUUAUACCAAUUAAAUUUAAAGUAUUAGUGUGGAUAUGGUGUUCUGAAGUGGAGUUUGGAAAUAAUGUUUUAAUUUUCAAAUAAUCUUCUGUGAUAAAACCAAAUAAACAGGAAGUCUGUUUGGA